CAACGAUCAGCUAUAAGAACGCAACCCCCUUGAACCAUGGCCAAUGGCGGGUCCGGGAGCUGGAGAAUGGGCCAAAGGCGAUGUGGAUUGGAAUGCGCAUGAACCGCUCAACAUCGGAGCUGGGAAUUUGUUUAAGACUUUCCCGGGGCGCCGCUGCAUUCUGGUUGCGCAUGAAGGGCGAUUGGUCUACGAACACUAUGCCCCUGGUGCAGGGCCUUGGGAACAGAUUGAGUUGGACAGUGCAGCCAAGACGGUGAGCGCGUUGCUCAUCGGAGUGUUGGUCACGCAAGGCAGAUUGGAGCUUGACAGACCUUUGGCACACUACAACGUGAAACCUGCGGCCUAUUGGGGUGAACAUCAGGAGUACUGGCCCUUGAUUACCGCCCGACAUCUACUCACUCACACCUCGGGCUUGGGGAAAGUACCGCCAGGAACCCAAUUUGAGUACAACAGCGGGGAGCACAUCCAGCACUUGAGUCUUUUGAUCGGAGCCCUGACCCGAUCAACUCAUGCCACGCCUGUGGACUGGGCAGAGGAGAGUUUUGCCAAACCCAUGGGACUGCCAGGACUCUUCCUUCAUGAUGGCUUGGACGGAGAAAUCUCGAUUGGUGGUGGUCAACUCAUGAGCUGCCCGCAACUUGCAAGGAUCGGUCAGCUCUUGGUCAACCGAGGGAAGUGGCCAGUGUCUGCUGCGCCUUCAUGGCCUUUGGAUUUGCUCCCUUGGGCCACCAACAGGACCUCCCUUUUUCAACUUGUGAGUGAAGACUACAUCACAGAAAUGACGCGUCCAUCUUUCCCAGAGGUGGUCUCCACCUAUGGCUUUCUCCUUUGGCUGAACCAUGCGACUGGUUCCGACGACUCAAGCUGCUGCAUGUGCACCUGUGGUGCGUGCUUCGGAGUUCCCAGCCCACCCAUCUUUGGCAUCAACGAGGAGGCAUGGUUUGCCACUGGGUUCUUGACUCGGUACUUGAUCGUGCUUCCUCAACGAAAUGCCUUUGUGGUUUCGCUAGGGAUGGAUUUGACGGGCUCCACUCCCUGUGCUGUGACCUGGUCCUGGUUUUCGUUGACGUAUGAUGACUCAUUUGGGGCUCUCUUGCACUAUUUAGUGAUCCAAGCAGCUUUGCCCAUUCCUGAUUCCACCACCACUCAGACUGUCACAUCUUCAACGACCACUCGCACAUUGACGACAUACACCACCACUUCCCAAACUACCGAAACUGCCGUGAAAGACACCACAGAAGCUCUGACCACAACGACCACAACGACUACAACGACCACAAUGACCACAACGGCUGCGGACACUGCGGAGGGCUGGUCACCAUUGAGUUGGCUGUGGCCAACCACUACGACCACCGACGGCUGGUGGCCCUUCGAGUUGAUGCAGACGAGUGGUGAGUUUUCCAACGAGAGCUCCGGGGAAAAGGACAAGCUCACUGCAGCCUCUGCAAGCUCUGCAACCUCAGACUCCACCACCAGCACCACAACCUUUGACCUGUCUACGGUGAUUUACAAUCACGGCACAAAGUCCAACUUGACGCAGCGGAAAAAACGCAAGGAGAAGAAGAAACGCAAGGAGGCUGAAGAUGAGGAUGAUCAGGCGGAACCUUCUCGAUACAUUGGUGGAUCCUGCACUUGCAGUUGCCCAAUAGAUCAAGAUUUUGGUCGCUGCUAUCCUUUGCCUGACAUGGUCUUUGAACGCUGGCAUUAUGGCCAAGAGGCCUGUGACGUUUUGGGGUCAAAGUACCUCAGCACUGAACAAAGUUGUCCAAACGUGGGCAUUGUUCAACCCUGCGAGAGCAACUCCUGGGCCAUAGGUGGCAGCACUCACAAUGUAUGCGGCAGAAACUUCUGGCAUCAGGACAUUGGUGUGAAUUGCACACAGCUCACUUUCUGUGAGAGGAGUGAGGGACAUCCUAUUUGGGUCGACACUCGGAAGCUCGCCACGUGCUCGUGCAAUGUGCUGUGGUGGAAAUGUACCUAUGAUUCCGAGCCUUGCGAUGCGAAUGACACUUACUACACGCUAGGCCCCUCUGAGCUUGCUAAAGAUCUGCUGCGAGACUGGUCACCGCCUCUUCAGAAACACACCUCAAACGCCUCCGGCAUCUUCUCCCGCGUGGCUCUGGUCGUGCUUUUGGCGCUGGCAAUCCGUGCUGUGGUGCGGCAAUCAUGGGCCACACGCAAUGCCACACGCAAUGCCACGGACUACGAACAAAUGACAGAGGAUUCAGCAACCUGAAAGAGACAGCGUCUUGCACCGUCUUGCGCCGCAGCAUCUUCCAAGAUCGGUCUGUGGCCUUUUUGCCUCAGAAACAUUUUGAGUUUCUGUCCAAUGCCAAUUGCGAAUAUCGCUGUUGGCAGACUUGGUCCCAAUUGCU